AUGAGAUUAUUCUAUCUAUUGAGCGUACUUUGUGCGACCGGCUUCGGGUUGAAGAUUCUGGUGGUGAAUCCAACUCUCGGCAGUUCGCAUGUGCAAUUCGUGAGCUCCAUCGCCGACACGUUGGCUGAAGCCGGGCAUGAAGUGCACAUGAUCGUGAACACGAUCGACUCGCGAAUCACGAAGUACGGGGCAAAGAAAAUCGCAAAAUUGGUAGUGAUCCCAGCGUUGGAAGAGAAUGUCAACAAUAACAAUCAAUUUGUCAAGAAUCCCUUUAAGCCGUCAAACAUGCUCAGCUUCGCCCACAUGAAUAAUAUGACAAAAUCGAUUGUGCAAGCGUGCAAUGAUAUCGUUCACUACUAUGACGAGCUGUUGAAACCGUUAGAAAACGAGCACUAUGAUAUCGGCAUCACUCAGCUAUUGGCCGUCUAUCCGGUGAUGAUCUUGCACAUGUUGAAGGUGAAAACGACGGUGUUAGCUUCGGCGAAUCCGUUGGCUCCGUACAUCAGUCAAACGUUCGGCAUCCCGGCACCGCCAAGCUACACGGCGAAUCCAUUCGGCGACGUUGCUCAACUGAAUGCCGCCGAUUUCUCGUAUAUGGAUCGAGUGGGGAAUUUCUUCCGCGAUAUCAUUUACUACACUUUGAUUCCAAUGCUGAUGGGGAGACAGAGAGAGAUACUGGCUACAAUCGACCCGACCAUCCCGGUCACGUAUCAUGAUUUGAUGAAAGAUGUAUCCCUAAUCCUGGUGAACACUCCGCCAAUGCUUGAAUUCGCCACCCCGAUCUCGCACCGAGUAAUCAACAUUGGUGGGAUUGCGAUGAAACGUGAUAACAAGAUCAAUCCGGACGUUCUCGAGAUCAUUGACAAGGCUAAGAAAGGCGUGAUCGUGGUCUCGUUCGGCACGCUGGCCUCGACGCAGAAUCUCGAUGAGAAGUUGAUUACAAGUUUCCUCUCAGCUUUCGCUCAAUUCCCAGACUAUGAAUUUUUGUUCAAAUUCGACGCAAGUGACGAGGCGAAACAAUACGAGAAACUCUAUCCAAAUGUGCAUCUACUCAAAUGGUUACAACAGUCCGCAAUUUUAGGUCACAAAAAGACGAAAGUUUUCGUCUCACAUAUGGGCUUGAAUAGCUUCAUGGAAGCAUCCACGCAUGGAGUCCCUUUUGUGUCGAUCCCACUCUUCUCCGAUCAAUUCUACAAUACGGCUUUGGCAAAAAGCCGCGGAACGGCCGUUUACAUUGACAAGAUGAAUAUCACAAAGUCAGCGCUUGUCGAAGCCUUGCAAGAGGUGCUCACAAAUACCAGCUACACCGCGAACGCACGAAUUCUCUCGCGUCAACUCGAGAAAUUCCCGGAGAACGGGACAGCGAAAAUGAUCCGAAUGAUCGAGUACGUGGGAGAGUUCGGACGAUUGCCGAAUUGGGAUCUUAAGGGAAUCGAGCUUAACUGGUUCGUCCACGCAUCAUACGAUGUGAUUGUUCCACUAAUUCUCGUCACGAUUCUCGUCUUUUGGAUCAUUUACCGAUUGUUGAAGUAUAUAAUAUGUUAUUGCUGUAGAAAGAGAUCAGUGAAAACGAAAAAGGAA